CGAGAGUCCUGUCGUGAAGAAGCGUUAAAUAAAAGAUUGCAGUUAGUAGAAUCAGUUCGCAGAAUAUAGAGGCCAGAUAAAAGAAACUCAGAGUCGAUACUGUCAAAACGGAAAUAAUUCACUGAUCAAGAAAUGAGAGACGACGAAAUCAACAACAUAAACACGCAUUACACGAAAACAUUAUUGUGAAUCAGAUAGCGUUGAAAGAAGGAAUUUCAAAAUACAACUUGGCGUUAGUAGAUUCAGACAAAUAUUACUCAUCAAAAAUGGCAAUGGCACAAGAGAGCGAGAAUACGCAGAUGGACAUUGAAGAUAAAGUUGAUGAAUAUACAAAACAACUGACAGCAAUACCUGUGCAUAUGAAGACGUUUGCUGAAUUACUUAGUAUACUUUACGACGACAAGAAAUUUGACAGCUCAGUUGCCAAAAAAAUAAAUGUCGACUUUCUUAAGGAUUUUGAAAAGAUCCGAGACGAAAUAAGAGAUGAUGCAUUUAUAUACAUAAAAGUCCACCUUCCGCAAGUGGAAAAGAUAUUAGCCUGUAUCCAAUGUUUCUUUCAAAAUUACAGAGUUUUAUCGUACAAUGAUUGGGUUGAAAGUUUAGAUGACUCUGAUAAAGAAGUUCGUGAAAACAAAACACUUGCAACAUUAGUUAUGGAAUUUCACCAACAAAAAUCGACAAAACUGAAGGCAGAUCAAAACAAAAGAUUAAAUGAAACUAGUGCAAAUCUUCAGUUAAAUUACGAGUUACAAGAAAAGAUAGACACUUUCAAUGAAAAGGCGAAGCAUUAUAAACGUGAGCCAAAAAUUUCGUUCUUUCCCUUAAAACAAAUUUGCAUGUGGAUUGAUAAUUUUCUGAAAAAUAGAUGGUUAAAAAAGGCUGCUAAUGCUGAAAAAGAAUUAAAUGAAUGGAAGGACAAAAUUUUAGACGUGACAAACAAUAUGAGCAAAGCAUUAGAAAAAUACAUGACUGCUGUUGAGCAAGUGGCAAGCUUAUUUAAACUCCUUCAAAAAGAUUUAGAAGACUCCAUAAAAGCAAGGAAAGACAAAACUCGUAUGUCCAAUAUGAAACGUCAUUAUUAUGUUAUGCAAAGAAAAAGCGGAAACAUCGAUCAUCAAAUUGAAAAGUUCUUUGCAUCUUUACCAGGCAUUCACACCGCCAUCGAAGCAAUUCCUGUGAAUACGUUAGAAAGAGCUAAACAAAUGGAAUUAAAUAGCAUGGCAGUCGAUAUAAUUGAUACCAUAAGUUUGCAACAAUCGUUCACGCCAGCCCUAGUUUCACCUGACGCAGUUGAAAACAACGACGAUUCUAUGAGUUUAUUACUUUACCAGCUUUGAGAAUUUAGUAAGAUUGCAUGUUGAUUCUAAACUUUUAUGAAAAUCAUUCAUCUCAUGUAGAUAGCCAUGCAGAGGGGAAAAGUUACAGACUUUAAAUAAAUAUGUAAUAACAAGAACCAUAUAACUAGCUAGUAAAAACCUUUUGAAACUUAGAUGAAAAACAUUCAUCAGAAAGUAAGAAAACCAGCCAAUUCCAAAAGACUGCAUAAAGGUCUAAGAUAACUAAAUAUAUUUAUGUGAACAUUAAAAUACCCACUAUUGAAGCAAUUGAGCAAAAAAUAGUGAUGAUGUUGCAAUUAUAUUGGAUGGAAAAAAUACUGUCAUUUAACUUCAAUAGCGUAUACAAAGAGGUUUCCAUUGAGCUGGCACGAUUAUCCAUAACAAUAGUUCAAAUCAUAACGUCUAAGCCUCACCUCAUGAAAAAUAGAGAUGUUAUUAGAAAUAGGGAGCAAAUAAUUGUAUUUUCACAAUCAUUAUGUAUAUAUAAUUGUGUAUACAACAGCUACAGCUGUUGACUGCCGUAUUUGACUUAUCUAUAAUCUAUCGACAAAAUUUUAAAUAUAUCCAUAAAAUUAA